CUCUUUUCCUCUGUCUCCACUUACAAAGGAACAAAACUUGAUCUGCUUUAUAGUAAAGAACAAAACUCAGGAAGUUCAAAUUUGCUUGGGCAGAGAACCAUGAGCUACAAAAAUACAAAUAACUCUCACUUGAUUCUCUUCAAGCUGUUACUUCUUCUGAUCCUUUAUUCUGCAGAUCUCACAGCUUCAAGCUCAUGUCGAAGUGAAUGUGGAGGAUGCAAAUGUGGAGGAAUUGCGAUCCCAUACCCUUUUGGAAUCGGUAAGGGCUGCUAUCUCGAGAAGUCAUACGAAAUCGAAUGUCUUAAUACUUCAGGAAAGCUUGUCCCCUUUCUUUCUGUAAUUAGCAAAGAAGUUGUUAGUAUCCAUCUUCCUGGUAGGCAAUCCUUUGGGUCAGUUCGUGUCAGAAGUCCGAUAACAUCCGCAGGAUGUUCUAGUGAUGGAAAAGACUCCGCACCAGUAAUGAACUUGACGGAUAGUCCUUUUUUCGUUAGUGACAUAAACAACCUUGUGGGAGUUGGUUGCAGCAGCAAGGUGUCGUUGGAGCAUAUAAAGCAAAACAUGGUGGGAUGUGAGUUGAACUGCAGUACGACUAACGCGUCGGAUAGCAACAGCAUCCCUUUCUUCGACAAAACGGGGUGCUCUUUUUCUUAUACUUUCGCCCAGGUUUGUACAGGAAACAAACCGGAAGAUAUGGGAUGCGAUGGUAGGGGAUGUUGUCAAGCGAGUCUACCUAGAGAGCCUCAACAAGUUAUUGGUAUCAGAAUAGAGAGCAAUGAUGGAAAGUCAACAACAAGUGGAGACUGUAGAGUCGCCUUCUUAACUGAUGAAUUCUUCAGUUUGUCGAAGCUGACCAAACCAGAACAGUUACAUGCUAAGAGAUAUGCUACAUUAAGUCUAGGAUGGAUAAUGCAGACGAGGAAUACUUCCUUCGUCAACUCCUUGGCCUGCAAAAUCAGAAAAGACACGGACACUGCUUACUCUAAUGACCAGAGUAUAAAGUGUAUAUGCGACUACACCAUGAGCAUCAUUUCUGAUAUUAGGUAUGCCAAUUGUGAAUGCAACCUAGGUUACAAAGGUAACCCAUAUGAUUCGGACGGAUGUAGAGAUAUUGAUGAAUGUAAAGAGAAUCCCAAAUAUUGUAAAGAAACAGACACUUGUGUGAAUUUCGAGGGAGGCUAUCGCUGUGUGGGCGAUAAGACUAAAGCAAUAAUGAUAGGGGCGGGUACUGGUUUUGGGGUCUUAGUCCUAGUUGGUGGAGUAUGGUGGUUGAGAAAGUUUCUAGUGAAGAGAAGGAUGGCAAAGAGGAAGAAGAAGUUCUUCAAACGUAAUGGAGGACUACUGUUGCAACAAGAAUUGAAUACAAGACAAGGCGUUGUCGAAAAAGCAAGAAUCUUCACCUCGAAAGAGCUAGAGAAAGCCACUGAAAACUUCAGCGAAAACAGAGUUCUUGGACAUGGUGGUCAAGGUACUGUGUACAAAGGUAUGCUUGUAGAUGGUAGAACCGUUGCAGUCAAGAAAUCAAAAGUUAUAGAUGAAGACAAACUUCAAGAGUUCAUCAAUGAGGUCGUGAUUCUCUCCCAGAUAAACCAUAGACAUGUAGUCAAACUCUUGGGAUGUUGUCUUGAGACAGAAGUUCCUAUUCUGGUUUACGAGUUUAUCAUCAACGGAAACCUCUUUAAGCAUAUCCACGAAGAAGAAGCUGAUGAUUACACUAUGAUAUGGGGAAUGCGUCUACGCAUUGCUGUGGAUAUUGCAGGAGCUCUUUCUUAUCUUCAUUCUGCUGCAUCUUCUCCAAUUUAUCAUAGAGACAUCAAGUCAACAAAUAUAUUACUAGACGAAAAGUACCGAGCCAAGGUGGCUGAUUUUGGAACAUCAAGGUCAGUAACCAUAGAUCAAACUCAUUGGACAACGGUUAUUUCAGGUACGGUUGGGUAUGUGGAUCCAGAGUAUUACCGGUCCAGCCAAUAUACUGAAAAGAGUGAUGUUUAUAGCUUUGGAGUCAUUCUAGCGGAACUUAUCACUGGAGAUAAGCCUGUCAUAAUGGUACAAAACACUCAAGAAAUAAUAGCCUUGGCAGAGCAUUUCAGAGUUGCCAUGAAAGAGAGAAGACUUUCUGACAUCAUGGAUGCUAGAAUAAGAGAUGAUAGCAAACCGGAACAAGUGAUGGCAGUAGCAAAUCUGGCAAUGAAGUGUUUGAGUUCUAGAGGAAGGAAUCGUCCGAAUAUGAGAGAAGUUUUUACAGAGUUGGAAAGGAUUUGUACGUCUCCGGAAGAUUCACAGGUGCAGAACCGGAUUGACGAAGAAGAAGAAGAAGAUGGAGUAGAAGAAGAAGAAGAAGUUGUGACAAUAGUACACAGAGGAGAUUCUUGGAGCAUUGGUGUUACUGCUCCAGCCUCAAGUAUUGUGGCUUCACCUCCAUCUUCAGAUGUUGAACCAUUGAAUCCUCUUCUCACAUGGUGACACUCAAUCAGAUCUUAAAGUAAUGAUGAUGAAUGAAUUUGAUGUAUCUCGUUAGAAAUGUUUUCUGUAAUAAAUUUGAGUAGUUGUUAGUCUGUGUUUCCCGCUUAAGAACGUUUGUUGUGUGUUUAUUAUUCCUAACGUUCACCUUUGUGCCUCACCGAUCACAGACUCUCUGCCAUUGAUUGAAACCAGCAUAGUGGUUAAUAGCAGCUGUCGAGUAGUGAACGUGGAAAUAGCCCCACUCUAGAAAUAAACAGAGGAAGCUGCGACUGCUGCGACCGGUACUCGUUCAGAUAAUCUGUUUUUGCUAACGUAGUCACUCUUGAAUUUGGAUCAUUUUCGAUUUUAAUUCUAGGAGCCUAAAGUUUCCUCGUGUUUUUCUCGUGUUAGUUUAUUUUAUUCAGAAAUGAAUAAAGUUAGUUAUGGACGGUGUUUUUAUACCCAACUCUGCUUUUCAA